AUGGGUCGCCGCGAGAAGCUGCUGGAGCUCGCGAAGGUGCUCCCGGACCUGGCGAAGGGGAGCUUACAGAAGGUCAAGCUGAACACGGUCCAAGCGGAGGGCAUGCGGUGGCGGGGCCCGGAAAUCAAGGCCAGGCGGCUCAAGUCUCUGAAGAAGGAGUUCGAGCAGCACGACGUGCCGUGGCCCUUCCCUGCAAAGGAGCCCCGGGAGUUCUCGCACGGCUGGAAGGGCUUCUUCAAGGGCCACAAGGACGACAUCCUUCGAGUACAGAGGAAGGAGUGGACGCAGGAGCUGCUGCAGAGCGCAGACGAGCGGGUGGCGGCGCUGCGCGCGUUCAAGCGGCAGCAGCGGCACGAGACGCUCGGAGAUUUCGACCGGCUCAUGCUCAGUCCUGAUGCGAGGUCUAAGAGGGUCAAGGCAAUCAAGGCACAGGCCAAGUAG